AUGAGCAGAACUAUUUGUGAAUGGGCAAAGAUCGGAGGCCGUUGGACAAGAUAUUCUGUUACCGAGACAUUAGAUAAUCCUAAAGGAGAGGUGCUGUUUGUUAUACCAGGUAAUCUUUUUGGCGUUAUUAUGAAGCGUUUUAGAGCGAAAUCUAUUACAAAUUUUAUUAAUUUAAUUUACAGGUAAUCCCGGAAAUGACCUGUUUUAUACUCGGUUCUGUGAGUAUCUUUUGGUCAAAUCUGACAAAAUAUCUCGGAUCUUCACUAUUGCACAUUUGAAUCACAUUCCUUUGCCUGCGGGUUUAAAAAGGCUUGAUCCAGUUCAAGAAAAAGGUAAUUUGAGAGAAUGCACAAUUUAAAUAAGGUCUUUGUUGUAAAAUGAGUUAAUUUUAGAACGGUACAAGCUGAGCCAACAAGUGGACCAUUCUUAUGAUUUCUUUGGUCAAAUAAUUGCUGAACAACUGAGCGGAAAGAAGGUUACAGUAAUAGGACACUCAAUUGGAGCUUAUAUUGGUACAGUGUAAGUCAGUUUUGAUUAAAAUAGUCGUCUUUUAUUAAAAAAUCUUGAUUAAGCUUUUUAUCUGCUGUGCCAGUUUUAAAAGCAAGAUUAUUUUAGGUUGAAGGGUCGACUAGAACGAGAUGGAUAUAAAGUGAACUUGAUUGGACUGUUCCCAACAUUGGUCGACAUGGCUAGCACCCCAGCAGGACACAAAAUGGGGAGAUUGAUUAGCGUAAGUAUCAAAAUUUUAAUUGAGAUUUGAAAAGUACCAAGAAUUGGAUAUCACUCUAAACAAACACGAUUCUGAAGAUAUCAGAGAUAUUGUUGUAGUUUGUAUCGGGUCAUCCAAAACUAGUGCGCUUUGCUACUUGGAUCUUUAAAUGGUUUCCAAUCGAAGUAAGCCGCUUUCUGGUGCGACCUUGGGUUCGUGGAGCACCAGAGGAAGUGGUGCAAGCUGCGGCCGAACUGCUGGACAGUUCCGUCAUUACCAACGUCGGCUACAUGGCUGACGAUGAAUUGACUAACAUAAACGAGCUGAAUCCAAAGUUGGAAGCUGAGCUUUCCAAGGGGAACGUGCAUCUCUACUACGGUACUACCGACCCAUGGGUACCAUUGAUAUACGCUCACGAAAUGUCCAAAAUCAUCGGAGCUGAUCGUGUUAUCAUCGAUGAUACGGGAGCAGAGCACGCGUUUGUGGUACGACAAUCAGAAGUAAUCGCGUCCAAAGUGGAAGUUCUCAUUUAA